CUCAAUCCGAAGGCCUUUCCUGGAACGGUCGCAGGAACGCCGAGCCUGCAGAUUUUGACACGUGGCCCCAUGCUUAUAAUCGGAUGCAAACCUAUUUAUAUUCCACUCUUUAUUCUCCUUUUCUCGUCCGCCCCCUUCUCGCUCCCUUCUCUCUCUCUCUCUCUCUCUCUCUCUCUCUCUACAUCUGAUUUGCUCCCCCGCUUAAACCCCCGCUCCUCUCCUCGCGAACCUCCCAUCUAUGGUGGUUCGCCGCCGCGUCUUCGCCUGAUUCGCCUCCUCCGAAGCCCUCCGAGAUCUGCGAUUCGCUUCAAUUCUUCGUCCCCCCGCGGCGAAUAUUGAAGCCACAUAGGCGGAGCUUCGGACAUGGCGACUUCGACGACGAGUGCUGUCUACAUCCACGUCAUCGAAGAUGUUAUCAGCAAGGUCCGGGAUGAGUUCGUCAACGAUGGCGGUCCCGGCGAGGCCGCUCUCACCGAGCUUCAAGGAAUGUGGGAAAUGAAGAUGAUGCAAGUUGGUGUCAUUUGCGGUCCCAUUGAGAGGUCCUCUGCGCCCAAGUCUGCACCUGGCGCUACUCCUGUUGGCGAUCUUAAUGUGCCGUAUGAAGGCACUGAGGAAUACGAAACCCCCACAGCUGAGAUACUUUUUCCUCCAACGCCAUUACAAACUCCCAUUCAAACACCAUUGCCGGGAGCAGGGGACAACUCUACCUAUAACAUCCCCACUGGACCCAGUGAUUACUCUCCAGCAAAUGACAGUAGCAGCGCUACUGAGAUGAAAGCGGGAAGACCUAGCCCAUACAUGCAACCUCCCUCUCCUUGGAUGAGUCAGAGGCCCCCCCUCAGCGUUGAUGUUAAUGUUGCAUAUGUGGAAGGGCGAGAAGAGGUUGACAGAGGGGCAUCUCAUCAACCUCUGACGCAGGACUUCUUCAUGCCUCCUCCUGGAAAGCGAAAACGCGAGGAUUUUGCUUCACAAUAUCAAACGGGAGGUUAUAAUAUCCCCCAGCAGGAUGGAGCUGGAGAUGCUGCCGAGGUUUUUCAAGUGGAGGUAAAUCGGGGAAGCAAUUCUCUAGGUAAACAUGACAUGGUCACAAAAACAAACAGAGAGAUGUUUACACAAGCAAUGGGAUUAUCUUCAAGCAUUCCUCAGCUGGAUGGGCCAAUUCCUGAUGCUUAUGAUGAUGUCCUCUCGACACCCAAUAUUUAUAAUUACCAAGGAGUUGUCAAUGAAGACUAUAACAUUGUCAACACACCGGCUCCCAAUGACAUUCCGGUGGCCACUCCUGCUGCUGGUAUUCAAAAUGAUGUUGGAGAUGAUGAUGAUGAUGAGCCUCCCUUGAAUGAGAAUGAUGAUGAUGACUUGGAUGAUAUAGACCAGGGGGAGGAGCUAAAUACACAACAUUUAGUUUUGGCUCAGUUUGACAAGGUGACACGUACCAAGAGCAAGUGGAAAUGCACACUGAAGGAUGGCAUUAUGCAUAUAAACAAUAAAGACAUUCUGUUCAAUAAGGCAACCGGGGAGUUUGACUUCUGAUUGUGCAACGAAAAAUUUCAUUUGUUGACAAUUGGCUAUGUUUUUGGAAGAGCAAAUCCAUGUGUGUUUGGUUGGGUGUUAUCUUAAUUUUUCGUAAUUUAUUGUUAAUCGAAUGAAAACUUGAGGGAACUGGAGGAGAUAGUUGAUCCUCUUGAUAAAAGGGUUUGGAUGGUUGGCCAGUUGUACAUAACAGAAGAGCUUUUUCGGCCUUUAGAGUGGAUGGCUGUUCCGAGUGUCACUGAGCUUCACUUUUUCAGCGAUGGAAUAUAUGAUUCCGUUUACCUGUAUACUUGGACUUUUUGGUUAAUUUACAAACAAAUUGCGUUGUUUGUUCCUA